UUGUCACACUGGUACAUUGCGCACCUCUCAAUUGUUGGUUGUUACACUAUAUAGUUGUUACUAAAGUUACUUUGGUUGCUAAGUUACUGUUGCUAUGGGUCUAGGACGGGUUAGGAGAAGAAGUUACAAGCUGCAGGAGGUAGAAGAAAUGAGGAAAUCUUUUCUUGAAGAAGAGGAGGAGGAGGAGGACGGUUCAGUAACCUCAGUGGACAAAGAAAAGCGGUCCCUGAGAUGUGGUCUCCUGAACCUCCGACCCCACUUUCUUCAGAAAUUCAAUUCCGCCAGAUGGUUCUUUGCAUUCUUCUGUCUAGCUUUCCUUGUACAUCACAUGACUAAUACUAUGAUAUCAGUCAACUUAUCCACUAUUGAGAAAAGAUUUGAUCUCUCUUCCACCAAAAGCUCUUUUAUAAUAAACGCCUACGAUAUAUCCUGUGCAGCGACGGUGAUGUUUAUAUCUCACUUCUGUAAAAAUAGCAAACCUAAAUGGAUUGGGAUAGGCAUUGUUGUCAUGGGAAUCGGAGCUCUCAUCUUCACUAUUCCUCACGUCGCUGAAACAAACUUUUUCACCAUAAAAGACGACAUGAGGGUGACACUAACAGAUACGGGGUUGGCUCCAAUAGACCAUGGUAGAUUAAUACCUGGUUCUGACAGUGCUAUCUGCAGUGCAUCAAACGUGCACCCUAACUCAACAACGUGCCCUUCUGAAGGUGUUGAAUCCUCUUCAAAAUGGUACUUUAUAUUUGUGAUAGGAGCCUUGCUCUUUGGUCUUGGGGGAACGCCUAUAAACACUCUUGGGCCCCCAUUUCUUGACGAGAUAUUUCCACCAACUAAAGUCACAGCUUUUUACGGAGUUAUGGGCAGUAUGUCAUGUCUGGGUCCUAUCUUCGGGUUCGCAUUUGGAGGUUUUAUGUUGAAAUACUAUGUGGACUUCUCCGAGCCUGAAGGACUGACUCCCAGUGACAGUGAGUGGAUUGGAGCCUGGUGGACUGGGUUCAUACUGUCCGGAAUAAUGGCAGUUCUCUCAGCCAUCCCUCUUAUCAUGUUCCCUCGCAAACUUCCUGAGGCUGACGAGGUCCUUACUAUGAAGAUAGCUGCGGGUAUCGCGUCACCUGAGACCAACAGAGAGUCGGAGAACUCGAAGGAGAAGAUGACGGUACUGGAGAUGGCACUGGAGUUCUGGCCCACUAUAAAGACCCUCUUCAGUAACGGACCCUACAUGUGCUGUACACUCUCACAAGCCUUUACUGGUUUCCUCAUAGGGGCCUGUUCCUUCCUUCCUAAACUAGUACAGAUAGGACUAAAGUUUGAGCCCUCUCAAGCUAGUUUUUACCUGGGCACAGUGUUGGUAUCGGCUGCAGGAGGUGGUUACCUCAUCGGCGGUUAUCUCUCACAGAAACUCAAAAUGGACGGAAAGUCUGCAGCUAAGUACGGCUUUAUAUUCUCUAUAUUCGGAGCAAUACCUUCCUUUGGUAUGUUGAUGCACUGUCCGGGAGUGGUUAUGGGAGAAGCUUCCUUAUCUUCCGGGGUUAGCCUAGCCUCAAUGCAUCCUCUGGACCCAGGAUAUGCAAUGAACAUGUGCGCGGAUAGCUGCAAGUGUCCCACAGACUAUGACCCAGUUUGUGGACAAGACAUGACUUUCUCUUCGCCCUGUCACGCGGGGUGCACUGUUAAGGAGCUGAUAGACGAAAAAUACUAUAAAUUCUCAAACUGCUCAUGUCUGAUGACGGAUGAGAUCAUUGUGGGACUAGAUAACGCAUCAUACCACGCUACCAGCGGUAAAUGCGAGACUGACUGCCCUACCUACGUGCCUGUCAUGUACCUUGGCUCAGCUUUUCUAACCCUCUUCUUCUGCUUCCUGGCCCAGCCCGCUAGUAUGCUGGCUCUGAACAGGUCUGUUUCUCACCAGCACCUGUCCAUGGCGUAUGGUAUCAGGAACCUGUUAUUCCGGACCCUGGGGACCAUUCCAGGCCCGGUUCUGUUCGGUAUUAUCAUAGAUUCAGCCUGUGCAGUGUGGCAGAGAGGAUGUGAUGGGAGUUACGGUAGCUGCUGGGAACACGACACAACUAAACUGGUAUACUCAGUAUCAGCAGCGUUUAUUGUUGUGAAGAUUUUAUCGGACGUCUUCCUCUUCCUAACGUGGCGUCUUUACCCUGAAAGUUCAAUGUACAGCCCAACUCCCACUCCAGAGGACAACCCUGACGCCCCGCCCGACUAUGUUGUCAAGGUAACGGAUGACAGUGAGCUGCUUGAGAUCACGUACAGGAACCAGGAGAGGAGGGGCUCCGCCCAUACCUCCAAUAGAAAGAGACUCAGUGAUUAUUUAAAAAGCGGCCUUGAAAAUGGCGGGAAGAUUUUUGUUUCCAUGGCUCAUGAGACCAUUGUGUAGCGAAACACAAUAAGGAUUUAUUUUAAAAACAGUUUUUAUUCAGACUUUUUAAUGGGUGGAUUGCUACAGCACUUACUUGUUUACUGUGUGAUUGCGGGGCAAUUAUUGAAAUUAUUGGAUCCAGUCUCUACACCUAAUUACCAUGGUUACCUUGGUUACUACGGUUACUAUGGUCAAUAGGUCGACCUGGAUUUGUGAGAUACAUUGUUGGUGAUAAUUUGGAAGUAAAAAAUUUCAAAAAUAUGUGAUGUGAUUGUUGUAACAAAAGUUGAGCCUCUGAUAUGAUUUUAGUUAGAAUUUAGAAUUCCAAA